UGAGCGGUCCAGACACACAAGGUCGUCGUAGCAGCAGCAGCUAACGCAGACAUGAUGUCCCUAGCCGCUCGAUCAGGGGCUUUUUCCCCCUACCUGCAGGCCACUGCCUUCGCAGUCGCCGGGCCCCUGAAGGCUCUGAUACCCGGGGUCGUGGUUAAGGGAGAGAAGAUCCUGUUGGACCCAAAGAAACAGUUCCUGUGCCGCGAGUCGUUGAGCGGUCAAAGCCCGAAGACGGGGCCUGCGGUAACGGUUAGCAUCAACGGCUGUGCAGGAGUCAGAUUUGCCCAUACAGAUGUCAGGAUACCAGACUUCUCUGACUACAGGCGUACAGAGGUGCUUGACCCCAACAAGUCGUCCCAGGACAGCAGCGAAGGCAGAAGAACCUUCUCCUACCUGGUCACCGGGGCCACAACCGUGGUGGGCAUCUACGCCGCCAAGACAGUGGUGAAUCAGUUUGUUUCCUCCAUGAGCGCCUCUGCUGAUGUCCUGGCUCUGUCCAAGAUCGAAAUCAAGCUGGGCGACAUCCCAGAAGGCAAGAACAUGACCUUCAAGUGGAGAGGCAAGCCGCUGUUCGUCCGCCACCGUACAGAGAAGGAGAUUGCCGCAGAAGCCGCCGUCAACAUCGGAGAGCUGCGAGACCCUCAGCACGACAAGGACCGGGUCCUCAACCCCACCUGGGUCAUCGUCCUGGGGGUGUGCACACAUCUGGGCUGUGUGCCGAUCGCCAACGCUGGAGACUACGGUGGUUACUACUGCCCCUGCCACGGCUCGCACUAUGACGCCUCGGGCCGCAUCAGGAAGGGUCCCGCCCCCCUUAAUCUGGAGGUCCCUUACUACGAGUUCCCAGAUGACGACACGGUAGUGGUGGGAUAGACGGCCCCCGUCAGACUGAGAUCACAUUGUACAACAGUUUUCGCUCCGGGUGCAGCAGAUGUGUGUGUGUUAAAGGAAAUGUUGAGGUGUUAAUGCUGUUCAUGUCUCACUGCUUCUGCAGAAACCACUUCACAGCUGCUUCUACAGGUACCUCACUGAUGAGCCAGAACAUGAUGAGCAGCAAGGUGCUCUGACCGACCUGUGGCUUUGUCACAUUCCUCCAUAAGCAUCUCAGAGCCCUGUCCCGGGCCUCUGCUGGCCCGGAGCAGCCCGGUAGUCUGACCAUACUGUCGCACAGUGGCUCAGGUCUUAACACGUGUUGAUAUGUCUCCAAAGCUCAACAUGCUGCGUUGUUAGAAGAUGAGCAGCAUCACCUGAGAGUGGUCAUGAUGCUCUGGCUCAUCAGUAUAGGUAUGAAACUUAAUCUCUCUGUGUCCAUGUGUUCAACAUGACAGCAGAGCUUCCUCUGUCAGACUUCCUGCUCUUUCAUGUCAUUCAAGCACAUAAUGAAAGAAGCAGGUUUUAAAUGAAUGAAUGCCAGUAAUUAAAAAGAUUGUGUCUGAAUUAAUGUCAAGUCACAAGAACCCUCUGUUUUCCUGAAUAUGACAUCAACAGUAAAAACCACCUCCCUAUGUUAUUAAGUUAUAGCUCAUCUAAUCAGCCAGGAACCAAUGUUGUGUUCAGGUGUGGUUAAUAAAAAAUUCUAUUUUAUUUGACAGCCUGCA